AUGGGUUCGAAGAGGAUUGAACGAGAGUUAAAGGCCUUGAAGAAGGAUCCUCCAGCAGGUCUCAUUGCUUGCGCUGUUGAUGAUGAGGACAAAUAUCAUUGGAGUGCAACUAUAAAGGGACCUGAUGACAGCCCUUUUGCAGGCGGAGCUUUCCAUGUUUCUAUUUUCUUUCCAAUUGACUACCCCUUCAAACCUCCAAAGCUCCAUUUCCGCACCAAAAUUUUCCAUCCAAACAUUAAUGAAGAUGGCAGAGUCUUCCUUAGAAUUAUUUGGGAUGAAUGGACUCCUGUUUAUACUAUGUCAAAUGUUUUUCAAUCAAUUUUCUCGCUUUUGACCGAACCAGACCAGGAAUACCAAGUGGUAGAGGAGAUUGCUAAGAUGUAUGAGACUGAUAAGGAUGAAUAUGAAGAAACUGCCCGAUCCUGGACUGAGCAAUAUGCGAAAGGCUGA